AUGGCACCAGGCGCCCUCGUCGAGCAACCCAACAUCGCGGAGCCCUUCGCCAACCCGAAGGACGGCCUCGCUCUCGAAGCCACCUCCGACGCCAUCGACGAUGUAAACGUCCUCAAGGCCGCCCUCAAAGUAAAGAAGGGCACCGCCACGCAAGAAGAGAAGGAUAUCUACGAGCAGUCCCAGUUCGAUGCCGACAAGAACAAGACACAGUUCCGACAGUACGAGGAGGCCUGCGACCGUGUCAAGAACUUUUACCGCGAGCAGCACGAGAAGCAGACCGUCGCGUAUAACCUCAAGGCCCGCAAUGCCUUCUACAGCAAGACCCGCGCCAGCAUGACCGUCUGGGAGGCAAUGGAGAAGCUCAACACGCUGAUCGAUGAGUCCGACCCUGACACUUCUCUCUCCCAGAUCGAGCACUUGCUCCAAUCCGCAGAGGCCAUUCGCCGCGACGGAAAGCCCCGCUGGAUGCAGCUCGUCGGCCUGAUCCACGACCUUGGCAAGCUGCUCUUCUUCUAUGACGCCCAGGGCCAGUGGGACGUCGUCGGUGAUACGUUCCCCGUUGGAUGUGCUUUCGAUCGUCGGAUCAUCUACCCUGACACCUUUAUGGGCAACCCAGACCAUGACAAUGACAUCUACGGUACCGAGCACGGCAUAUACACCCCUGGAUGUGGUCUCGAUAACGUCAUGCUUAGCUGGGGCCACGACGAGUAUCUGUACCACAUCAUGAAGGCGCAGAGCACCAUCCCCGACGAGGGUCUGGCUAUGAUCAGGUAUCACUCUUUCUACCCGUGGCAUUCGCAGGGCGCGUACAGGUGGAUGAUGAACGAGAAGGAUGAGAAGAUGCUGGAGGCCGUCAAAGCAUUCAACCCUUAUGAUCUUUACUCUAAGUCUGAUGAUGUUCCUAAGGUUGAGGAGCUCAAGGAGUACUACAAAGACAUCAUUAACGAGUUCAUCGGCUGGGACAAGAAGAUCCAGUGGUGA